AUGGAUAUAGUUCAGCCAAAAAGCUCACUCCUCCGAUCACUCCCAGCUCACCGUGACAAUAUCCAUGUCACUGUCUUCGGUGGCCAGGCAGGGACACCUAUUCCUGGUUCUAAUCCUGCCCAAGUCCCUUUCAACUCAUCAGAUGGAUUUCUUCAUUACGAGUCACAAAUUCCAGGAAUUGAUUCCAACUGUUGGGCUCCGUUUACAUCCCGUAUCGAUUGGGAAAUUGCUCGGUGGGCAAAGAUACGUGGGCCUAGCUCGACCGCAUUUUCAGAGCUACUUGAAAUCAAGGGUGUUUGCAAAGCCCUUGGUUUAUCAUAUCGAAGCAGUGCAGAAAUCAAUAACAUUAUUGAUACCCAAAUUCCUCCUCGACAUCCCUCAUUCAAACAUGGAGAAGUUGUGAUUGCAGGAGAAGCAUUUGAUUUCUACAAACGGGACAUCUUGGAGUGCAUCCGUGCUCUAUAUGGAUCUCCAGAACAUGCUCGGUAUCUUUGUGUUGCUCCUGAGCGACAUUACUCAGAUGCUGACAAGACUUCCCGGUUGUAUCAUGAUCUUCACACUGGUAAAUGGUGGUGGGCUACCCAGACUGCGCUCGAGGCUGAAACUCCGGGUGCAGCUAUCAUUCCGGUCAUCUUAUCCAGUGACAAGACACAAGUCACUCUGUUCCGAAACAAGACUGCAUAUCCCGUUUAUCUCACAAUUGGGAAUCUUCCAAAAGAGAUUUGCAGAAAACCAUCCCAUCAAGGACAAAUUCUUCUCACCUAUCUUCCGACAUCGAAAUUGGCUCACAUCACUAACAAAGCUCAAUGGCGUCAAACUGUAGCCAACUUGUUUCAUGCCUGUAUGACCCACUUAGUCGCACCACUGAAGGAGGCAGGGAUGCACGGUAUCGUUAUGAAAAGUGGUGAUGGUGUUAAACGUCGCUGUCACCCUAUUUUAGCUGCUUAUGUUGGGGAUUAUCCGGAACAGAUAUUGGUUACCUGUGCAUACUAUGGGGAUUGUCCUGUUUGUAUGACUACGAAAGAACAUUUAGGUCAAUACCCAUCCACCUCACCAGUCCGAGAUCCAGAUAAAUCUAUAGCAUCUACGAAACUCAUUGGAACUGAUAGUUGGGCUCAAAGCUGUCUCGAUGCCAAUAUUAAACCUGUUCAAUAUCCAUUUUGGGAAGAUUUGCCAUUCACCAACAUAUUCCGAUCUAUAACACCUGAUAUUCUUCACCAGAUGUAUCAGGGCGUAAUGAAGCACCUCAUUGGUGAAGUUGACGCACGCGUCCGUCGCCUUCCUCCCAACCAUAGUGUCCGUCAGUUUCACAAAGGUAUCUUGACAUUGUCACAAGUCAGUGGAAUGGAACACAGGGCAAUGUGCACCUUCCUCUUAGGUAUAAUCAUCGAUGUACCCCACUUGACUCCUCGCCAAUCAUAUGCUCUCUCAACUGCAACUCGUGCACUCCUUGACUUUCUCUAUCUUGCAUGCUAUCCCAUUCAUAGCAAUGAAUCUUUGGACAUCCUUGAGCAGGCCCUGCAAACAUUCCAUGAUCACAAGCAGGUCUUCAUCGACUUGAACGUGCGCCAGCACUUCAAUGUCCCGGGGGUCCACUUCAUGUGUCGUUGUGUCUGCGCUAUCGAGCUGUUCGGAAUGUGCGACAACUACAACACUGAGACCACUGAACGGCUUCAUAUCAAUUUUGCUAAGGAUGCAUAUCGUGCUACCAACCGGAAAGAUGAAUACGCUCAAAUGACAAAGUGGUUAGAGCGUCAGGAAAAGAUUGGCUACCAUUCAACUUAUAUCGCAUGGAGAAGGACCAACCCGACAUCAAUAAAAUCUACCUCAUUUCAUCCUGUUCCUCCCACUGGUCUGCGCUAUGACUUUCCUGGUGCCAUUCGGACACUCCAAGAUCUCCGAUGUUUGCUCACGCAAAGGAUAGCGCAGCAUCCUAUGGUCAAAUCAGUCUCACUGUCGAAGAUUCAGGAUACAGGCCCACGAGGAUAUUGUGCUACGCAGUUUGUCACAGCGCUCAAACAGUUUAUUGCACAACACCGACAUCCCGACUUUGUACCAUGGCAGGUUUCAGAGAUGGCUGAGUUCAUCACACUUCUAUUUGCCGCUCUGCCUGUCUGGCACCACCUAAAGUUCAACAAUCAAGACUUAUAUGACCAGAAAACUGUUGACGCAGUCUCUGCUUGUCCUUGCCGCUAUAACUCUCGCAACCAAAAAACAAGAGUUUCACGUUUUGAUACUGCUCUUGUUUGUGUGCGCAGGACUACUAGUGAACAAGGAGAUGACUUUAUCAAGGGUACGACACCCAUUACAGUAUCACAUACACAAGUUGGACAUGUUCGGGUCAUAUUCGCUCUGCCUCAAAAGACACUCUACAAGCUAUUUCCUCCAAACAUAACUCCGCCAACUCAUUUAGCUUAUGUGGAGUGGUUCAGCAAGUUUCCCCGUCAUACAGACAGUCGCAUGGGGAUGUACCGCCUCAAGAAACAAAUGGGAAGAGAUGGGGUCAUUUCUGCAUCGGUGGUCCCAGUCAAGAUGAUUCAGAGUAGCAUCCAUCUAUAUCCAAAAUGGGGUGGAUCAGUACUUCCCGAAUGGACUAGCAAAAAUAUUUUAGAUAGAUGUGAACAUUUCUUUGUUAAUCCCUUUAGAGAUACACAUACAUACUUCAAUCUAGGCUAA